GUCGAUUUUUCUUCUCGGCCGCCCAUAAACAAACCGAAUGUGAUCGCGUGCGUUUGCAGUUUUCGAAAGUUUUUUUUCCACUCGUACAAGUUUACGAUUCUUUGUGCCAACUGUGCAUAAUCUGGUCAUGGCCUCAGGAGCUGCUGCCGCAUCGCGUUCGCUGAAAAUCUUCGUCGGAAACAUCCCCUGGACGGUAGGCCACCGGGAGUUGCGUAAUUACUUUGCUCAGUUUGGUAAAGUUUCCUGGGCCCAGGUUAUCUUCGACCGUCGGACCGGCGUCUCCAAGGGGUUCGGUUUCGUAGCGUUCCAGAAGCGAACGGCGCUGGAGAAUUUGGAGAAGAAACAGAAGCAUGUGCUAGAGCAGUCACCCAUCUUCUACCAGCAGUCGGAUUAAUGUGUCGUGCGGAUGUAAGAAGUUUAGAUUUAAAAGUUGUAGUUUGUUAGUUUUGUGAGACGAAGGGAGAAAUCUAGGGUUUUAAGAUGU